CGUACGUCGGCGGAGCGUUAAUGGUAGAAAACGAAGAGCGAAGAGGAGCAAGAAGGAUCGGUUCAUCUGUGAAAAUCCGUCUUCAUCCUCUGUUUAAACGGCGGCUUUUUAACACGAAACCACCCAGAACACAAACUUCACACUUUAAACUUCCCAACGAGCCCGAUAUUGCGGCGGUAUCGCGUUCGGUAUGUUAGAAAACGAAUGGUGAAAACUGGGUGAUUGCUGGAGGAGAAUUAGCCGGCUAGCUAGCGGGAGACUGGCUGAGGGCUGAGGGCGAACAGACGGACUGCGUUGACUUUUUUGCUCAUUUUUUCAGCGUUUUCCCUCAUUUGUUCGCGUUUUUAAAUCGAAAUCGUCGUCCGGAUACAUUCAGAAACGCACUGCUGUUGGAGCUAGCCACACUGCUAGCUGUUGUUUAGUCGUUUGCGAUGGAGUUGAGAGUGGGGAACAGAUACAGGCUGGGGAGGAAGAUUGGCUCUGGAUCUUUUGGAGACAUUUACUUGGGCACAGACAUCUCAGUGGGGGAAGAAGUCGCCAUUAAGCUAGAAUGUGUGAAAACAAAGCAUCCUCAGCUGCACAUCGAGAGCAAGAUCUACAAGAUGAUGCAAGGAGGAGUUGGGAUCCCGACGAUUAAAUGGUGCGGCGCUGAGGGCGACUACAACGUGAUGGUGAUGGAGCUCCUGGGUCCGAGUCUGGAGGACCUCUUCAACUUCUGUUCCCGCAAAUUCAGCCUGAAGACUGUUCUGCUGCUGGCUGACCAGAUGAUCAGCCGUAUCGAGUACAUCCACUCCAAGAACUUCAUCCACAGAGACGUGAAGCCCGAUAACUUCCUGAUGGGCCUGGGGAAGAAGGGCAACCUUGUUUACAUUAUCGACUUCGGCCUGGCCAAGAAAUACAGAGACGCCCGCACACACCAGCACAUCCCCUACCGCGAGAACAAGAACCUGACCGGCACUGCUCGCUACGCCUCCAUCAACACGCACCUCGGCAUCGAGCAGUCCAGAAGAGAUGAUUUGGAGUCUCUUGGCUACGUGCUCAUGUACUUCAACCUGGGCUCUCUGCCCUGGCAGGGCCUGAAAGCCGCCACCAAGAGGCAAAAAUACGAACGCAUCAGCGAGAAGAAAAUGUCCACCCCCAUCGAAGUUCUCUGCAAAGGAUACCCAUCCGAAUUUGCCACAUACCUCAACUUCUGCCGCUCCUUACGCUUUGACGACAAACCGGACUACUCGUAUCUGAGACAGCUCUUCAGGAACCUCUUCCACAGACAGGGAUUCUCCUACGACUACGUGUUUGACUGGAACAUGUUGAAAUUCGGAGCAAACAGAGCGGCUGAAGAUGCUGAGAGGGAGCGCAGAGACCGAGAGGACAGACUGAGGCACGGCAGGAAUCCAGCCGCCAGGGGCAUGCCAUCGGCCUCCAGCAGACCCAGAGGAACGCAGGAAGUAGCACCGCCCACACCCCUCACCCCAACCUCACACACAGGAAUGGAGCGCGAGAGGAAGGUCAGUAUGAGAUUACAUCGCGGAGCUCCAGUUAACAUCUCCUCAUCUGACCUGACCGGCCGACAGGACACUUCACGGAUGUCCACAUCACAGGCGCUUUCUCGUGUCACCCCCAGUGGCCUGCAGUCCGCUGUACCUCGAUGAGACCCGCACAGGCCACCAGGGGGCGCCAGCAGCCCUUUUUUCUGCACCAGGACUUCUCCAGCAUCUGCAGUCAAACCUGAGCAAAUCAAAGCCAGACAGACUUUAUUUCUUUAUUCUUUUUUCCAGCGCAACUGAAUCCAGUCACUCUGAGGGAGGGAUGGACAGCCACACUCACUCUCUCUAUCUCUCUCUCUCUAUCUCUCUCUCUCUCUCGCUCACAUACACAAACACGUUCUCACCCACCAAACGCAAACACUCCAAAAAAUAAAAAUGAAUCGGAGCACUUCGACCGCUGUGCUCUUUCUCACGGCUCUGCGUGGGCAAAAGUGGCCUUUCCAGCAUCUGUCCGUCUUUUAUGCGGUCCUGGAGUGACCCACAGCCCAGCGCACGUAAACAAACACAUACGAUACUCCAGCUCACCCUCACCUGUUGCAAAAAAAAAAAUGAGAUAAAAAGUACUCAGCUCAGGAUGGAGCUGCUCCGAUAGCCAUCGACGUUGUGCUUCUAUACAUUUUUCUUUUUUUUUUUUUCCUUUUUUCUUGUUUAACAAUGAUUAAACUCAGUUUUCGCAGGCUGUGCGGCCUUUUGUUUGCAUCGAAAAUGCAUUUAAGAGCUUCUAGAACUGCUUAUGGAAACUGCAGUUUGAGCUUUGAGGUGGUUUGCAUAAGCCAGAGAGUAGAUUUUUAUUUUUUUUUUAAAUCAGAUUUAUGAGUGCUUUGACGCUGUCCAAAUCAGAAUUUUAGGGUUUUUAGACGUCAAAAGCGAAGACAUAUCUGGUACAUGGGGGGGAGGAUCUGAUUUGGCUGCUCGUCUGAACGAAGCCAGCUCUGAGACUCGUUUAUUUCCUGUAGGCCGGUUUGUUCUUUAGGUAUUGGUGUAGUUUAGGUGUUUGUGUAGUGAAGGCCAGCCGAGGGAAGACGAAUUAAAAAAAAUAACGAACUCUGAAUCGGGGAUUGUAAACACACCAAUACCACUUUAGCAUCAUGCAUUUUGGGUGAAAUUUUUUUAAAAAAUAAUUUCUUGAUCCCGGUCAGCCUGGCGCUCUCUGUCCACUUGCUCACUGUUUUUUUUUAUUUUUUUUUUAUUGCAUUCCCUGAAGCUGUGGAAAGCUGUGAAAAUGCCUGUAUUGUGGAAACGUUCAUGUUCAUGUUACUGUUUGUUUCAAACUUGCAGUCAGAGAUGGAGUCCAUAGCACAGGCGAGCGUGCGGACGAGUGCGGGUGUGUAGGAUGCUCUGUGUUGUGUGGAAAUAUAUUUUUUUUUGUUUUGUGGGGGGUGUUUGUUUUUGCUUUUGGCUUUUUUUUUUGUUUGUUUGUUUUUAAUAAAGGACUCCAGCGUGUGUGGAUUUUGGGGCUCUGCGCAGGAUGGAACAGCAUUUAACUUGAAAAUCCUGCUGAAUUGCGGCCAGUUAUGCAUUUGUAAUUACACGGUUAUGAAUGAGUUCAGCCAGUCGAAGCUGAUCGAGCUCAGUUUUGUCCUCCGAGACGGAAACGCGAGUCGUCAGCACCCUUUAAAGAGACGCCCAUCCAGCGUGUCAUGGUUUCUUUCUUUUAAAAAUGUCUUCUUUUUUAAAUCGAGUUUUAUUUACUGAGUGUUAUCCAGGCUUUUAGUACCGUUUUCCCCCCUCGUCUCAUUAUUUUCGUUUUCUCCAGGUGCUUCGAGCUGUAGAAGAAGCAGAAAGGCGCGCACGGCCUCUCCAAGUUCAUCGUUAGUAGAGCAUUUAGGCGUUUUCCGUAGUCGGGAUGGGGGGUAGUGGUGAAAAUGAAAUUAUUCAAUUCUGUUAUGUAUAUAGGAUGUUUCUAGUGAUGGCGAGGUACCAUUUUUACAGCAUAGCCUCUGUCUGUCUGUCUCUGUCUGUCUGUCUGUCUGUGUGUAGUGUGUGGGGGAAGAUGGUAGCGUUUAGAGGGAUGAGAGGGACUUUGUUCCGUUCUAGAUUUGUUAAGUUAGACGUUUUCUCUCUCCGGUGGUCUCACAAACAAAAAAAAUGAAUAAAUAAACAAACAGCUCCCGUACUGGUGUAGUUUUCAGCGUCACUUUGGGAUCAGCCGAUUUUCUGGGUUUCUCUCUCUCGUUUCGUUUUUUUGUUUUUAUCUUCAGUUUUCUCUUUGCUGGUUCGUUUGAGCCGCAUCACCCAAUCACCACACUGUGCUGUAUCAGAUGGAAUUAUGGGAAAUCUUCCCACUCCGGAAGAUUUUUUUUUUUUUCUCCUCAUUUGUAUUGCCACUGUAUUUGUGUAUUUUAAAUUGUGUAAAUAAAUUAAUAAGUACUUGUA